GUAGUGGACCUUCUACAGGGGUGUGAUAAAACAGGACACAGUCCAACCGGGAGACGUAUCAGGACUACGGUGACACCUGACCUUACAUACAGCCCUGUUGUACACCCAACCAUCUCACUGCGCCGCUGGAUCCCCUGUCCACCGAGCCCGGACGCACCGUUCACCAGGCCCAACGUCGCAGACCGGAGGGGAUUCUAGCAGGUUCCACACUCCUCCAUCAUGGCUGAUCACGAGGAGGUCAAGAAGAAGAAGGGGACGAGCAUAGUGAUUUGCGGCUAUCCCCUGAGCAUCUUCUUCAUCGUGGUCAACGAGUUCUGCGAGAGGUUCUCCUACUAUGGCAUGCGUGCCGUGCUGGUGCUGUACUUCAAGUACUUCCUGCGCUGGGACGAUGACCUGGCCACCUCCAUCUACCAUGCCUUCGUGGCCCUGUGCUACCUGACCCCCAUCCUGGGGGCCAUCGUGGCCGACUCCUGGCUCGGGAAGUUUAAGACCAUCAUCUACCUGUCCAUCGUCUACGCUCUCGGCCAGGUCGUGAUGGCCAUCAGCGCAAUCCAUGACCUCACCGACUACGACUGGAACGGCACGCCCGACAACAUGACCCUCCACGUCGCCCUGUCCAUGGUGGGCCUGGUCCUCAUCGCUCUGGGGACGGGGGGCAUCAAGCCGUGUGUGGCGGCCUUCGGCGGGGACCAGUUUCAGGACCACCAGGAGAGGCAGCGCAGCACCUUCUUCUCCGUGUUCUACCUGUGCAUCAACGCCGGGAGCCUGCUGUCCACCAUCAUCACACCCAUCCUCCGAGCCCAGGAGUGUGGGAUCCACACCCAGCAGAAGUGUUACUCUCUGGCCUUCGGCGUUCCGGCAGCCCUCAUGGUGGUGGCACUGGUUGUGUUUAUCGCCGGGAGCGGUAUGUACCACAAGGCUGAGCCACAGGGGAAUAUCCUCCUGGAUGUCUGCAAAUGUAUUGGAUUUGCCAUUAAGAACCGAUUCAGACACAGAGGCAAAGAAUUCCCCAAGAGGACUCACUGGAUGGACUGGGCGGAUGAAAAAUACGAGAAACUCCUCAUCGCCCAAAUCAAAAUGGUGCUCAAGGUUCUCUUCCUCUACAUUCCCCUUCCCAUGUUCUGGACACUUUUUGACCAAAAGGGCUCAAGGUGGACUUUCCAGGCCACCACUAUGGAUGGAAACUUUGGUCUCUUAGUCCUGCAGCCCGACCAGAUGCAGACAGUGAACCCCAUCCUCAUCUUGACGCUGGUGCCCAUCAUGGACAGUGUGGUGUACCCUCUGAUCAGAAAAUGUGGUCUGAACUUCACACCUCUGAAGAGGAUGACCGUUGGAAUGUUCCUCGCCGCCAUGGCCUUCGUCGCUGCCGCCCUGGUCCAGAUCGAAAUUGAUAAAACCCUGCCUGUCUUCCCGUCGGGCGUCCAAAGCCAGCUGAAAACCAUCAACCUGGGGAGGGAUCCUAUGACACUGACCCUGUCCCAGCACACUGUGCAGCUGGCCCCCGGGCAGGCUAGUGACUACUUUACGUUUGAUGAAGAUUUCGUCAUCGUUUCUGUUGGCAACACUUCGAUCAGUCAAAACUUGACCGUAGCCAAGGGCAAGCGACAAUCAUUUAUCCUCCCCUCAAACAACUCACAAGAGUGGCAAAUGACUGAGGAUUUAACUGCCAAACCAGAGCAAGGUGCCAAUGCCAUUAGAUUUGUGAGUGGGAUAUAUCCACUGAAUAUAUCAACAGGCGGACUGGACUUCGGAAUAACCGAUGGAUCCCUCUACUCAAACUACUCUUUGCUCACAUAUGGAUCGACCGUCUUCACUAUAGAGAGCGGGGGAGAGUCUUGUGAAUAUUCACGAGAGUUUGGCUUUGGAAGCUCCUACACGUUAAUUAUCCCCAGCUCGUUCACCUUCGGACCUGACUGUGCGGCCUCCAUUGGUGUUGCUGAAGACAUCAAGCCCAACUCGGUGCACAUGGCGCUGCAGAUCCCUCAGUACUUCCUGAUUACUGCGGGGGAGGUGGUGUUCUCGGUCACCGGGCUGGAGUUCUCCUACUCACAGGCGCCCAGCAACAUGAAGGCCGUGCUACAGGCCGGCUGGCUCUUCACUGUGGCCAUCGGAAACUUCAUCGUGCUCAUCGUGGCGGAGCUCGCACAGAUCCCCGAGCAGUGGGCGGAGUACGUCCUCUUCGCCUCUCUGCUGGUCGCUGUGUGUGUGAUCUUCUCCAUCAUGGCACACUUCUACACCUACAUGGACCCGGCGGAGAUCGAGGCCCAGUUCAGGAAGAAGGACGACGACCACGAGGUCCGCGCAGAGAAGAAGGAGAGGAAGGACAGUCGGAGGAGCCAGAGAUCCUCCCUGGAGAUGACCGAGGGCACAGGAAGUGAUCCCAAACAGAACAGGAUGUAGACACCUGUCCAUGUGGGCUUUAGGGAGUCUUGUGUCUGUCUGUUGAGAUGUUAAUACUGCCAGUAUUGUUUUGUUGACCACUGUGUGUAAGUGUGUGUGUGUGUGUGUGUGUGUGUGUGUGUGUGUGUGUGUGUGUGUGUGUGUGUGUGUGUGUGUGUGUGUGUGUGUGUGUGUGUGUGUGUAAAAGAGGGAGUGUGAGAGAUAGAUAUAAAUCUCUGAUUCUGUGUAAUGCUUAACAAGCCUUGAGAAUAAAAAUUGAACAUGUA